GUCCCCCCGUCUGGUGUUUGCCCCCGGCCGGCUCUAUGGCUCUGUGCAAUGGAGAAGCCAAGUUGGAGAAUACCGGAGAAGAUCUCAAGGAUGGGGUGUGUCGUUAUGAAGGAGCUGUUGUAAUACUCGAUGCUGGAGCUCAGUAUGGAAAAGUCAUAGAUCGCCGGGUCAGAGAACUGUUUGUCCAGUCAGAGAUCUUUCCUUUGGAAACACCUGCUUUUGCAAUUAAAGAACAAGGAUUCCGAGCUAUCAUCAUCUCUGGAGGACCAAAUUCUGUUUAUGCAGAAGAUGCUCCCUGGUUUGACCCUGCAAUUUUUACAAUAGGCAAACCAGUCCUUGGAAUCUGCUAUGGCAUGCAGAUGAUGAAUAAGGUAUUUGGUGGUACAGUACACAAAAAAGAUGUCAGAGAAGAUGGUGUCUUCAGCAUUACAUUAGAUAACACUUGUUCAUUAUUCAGGGGACUUCAGAAAGAAGAGGUUGUGCUCCUUACCCAUGGAGAUAGCGUAGAUAAGGUAGCAGAUGGAUUCAAAGUUGUUGCUCAGUCUGGAAAUGUUGUAGCAGCUAUAGCAAAUGAAUCUAAAAAACUGUAUGGAGCACAGUUCCAUCCUGAAGUUAGUCUUACGGUGAAUGGGAAAGUGAUGCUGAAAAACUUCCUUUUCGACAUUGCUGGGUGCAGUGGUACCUUCACAGUUCAGAACAGAGAAAUGGAAUGCAUUCAAGAUAUUAAGGAGAAAGUAGGAUCAUCAAAAGUCCUGGUUUUACUCAGUGGAGGUGUGGAUUCUACGGUGUGCACAGCUUUACUGAAUCGUGCUUUAAAUCAAGACCAAGUGUUAGCAGUGCACAUAGAUAAUGGAUUCAUGCGCAAGAGAGAAAGUCAAUCAGUGGAGGAGGCACUCAAAAAAUUGGGAAUUCAAGUUAAAGUGGUAAAUGCAGCUCAUUGGUUCUACAAUGGUACAACAACUUUACCCAUCUCUGAAGAAGACAGAACUCCCCGAAAAAGGAUCAGUAAAACACUGAAUAUGACUACAAGUCCUGAGGAAAAACGCAAGAUUAUUGGUGACACUUUUGUGAAGAUUGCUAAUGAAGUUAUUGGAGAACUGAACUUGAAACCAGAAGAAGUCUUCCUUGCCCAAGGAACGUUGAGGCCUGAUCUCAUUGAAAGUGCUUCUGUUGUUGCUAGUGGCAAAGCAGAAGUCAUCAAGACGCAUCACAAUGACACAGAGCUCAUCAGAAAGUUACGGGAAGAGGGAAAAGUAAUAGAACCACUGAAAGAUUUCCACAAGGAUGAAGUAAGAGUGCUUGGAAGGGAACUAGGUUUGCCUGAAGAACUGGUUUCAAGACAUCCAUUCCCAGGUCCUGGCCUUGCAAUUAGAGUAAUAUGUGCUGAAGAACCAUAUGUUUGCAAAGAUUUCCCUGAAACUAACAACAUUUUGAAAAUCAUAGCAGACUUUUCGGCAAGCGUUAAAAAGCCUCACACUCUGCUGCAGAGGGUCAAAGCAUGUACAACUGAAGAAGACCAGGAGAAAUUGAUGGAGAUCACAAGUCUACAUUCAUUAAAUGCCUUUUUGCUGCCAAUCAAAACAGUGGGAGUCCAGGUUGGUGAAGCUGAGUCUGUGGCAAAAAUAUCUAAAAAUGGGGAAAACAACAGGUGUUGCAAGGGUUUUUUAAAUUGAAUUCUAAAUCAAAUCUGAUCAGGAAGGAGAAAGAAAUUGAAGAGUAACCAUGAAAUGAAAGAUAAGCCAUUAGGCGUAGUCAAGAAAUGAGGGCAUCAAAAUGUCUAAAAGUCUUGAAAUCCUGGAUGUACA